UCGGAGAUAGUACUUCAUGUAAAUAUUUGAUCUAGAACCGCCCCUGCAAGAUUGUUGAGAUGUCCACCUCAAAGACCGGAAAGCACGGACACGCUAAGGUUCACAUGGUCGCCCUUGAUAUCUUCACAGGUAAGAAGCUUGAGGAUAUUUGCCCUUCUACUCAUAACAUGGAAGUCCCCAACGUUAAGCGAAAGGACUACCAGCUUAUUGGUGUCGAGGACGACUUCCUCUCCCUUAUGGACGAUACUGGCGAUACCAGGGACGAUCUCAAGUGUCCCGAGGACUCCGUUGGGGACGAAAUCAAAGAUGCCAUCGCCGCUGAAAGAGAUAUUAUGUGUACUGUACUCUCUGCUGUUGGCGAGGAGUGUGUAAUUGCUACCAAGAUUAACACAGCUGUAGACAAAUAAA